AUGAAGAUCGAAACAGCCUUUUAUUCAAAAACAGUUACUCCUACAUAUGAUUCAGAUGCAAUUGAUAGACUUCGAUACUUUGCCACAGUAAUCAUCCUCAGUGCAUGUGCUUUAUUCAUUAUGACGAAACAAUAUGUGGGUCAAAGUAUUCAAUGUUGGGCGCCAAAACAAUUCAAAGGAGGAUGGGAGGACUAUGCAGAGACGUAUUGUCUCAUUGAGAAUACAUAUUAUGUUAAUAUGAAUGACACGAACCUGCCGACAGAAGGGGUUCGAGGAAAUAAAGAAUUGAGGUAUUAUCAGUGGGUUCCUUUCAUUCUAUUCGGAUUGGCACUGGUUCUUUAUAUUCCGAGAAUUAUAUGGGUCAUUCUUCAAUCCGUAAUUGGAAUUAACAUCUCUAUCGUAACAUCUUACCUUCGACAGAAUGCAAUCGGUGGAUUCACUUCAGAUGGGGAAGAUAUUGAAAAGAAAACAAAACAAAUGCAGAGCAAAAAGAAAGCGGACAGUGAAAAGACUAAUGGAGAGUUUUGGGGAUCCAAACUGACCGUUUGUCUACUCGUUACAAAAGUAUUUGCAACAAUAAUGAUUUUAACUUCAAUGGGUUUCAUUGAUUAUUUCAUGGGAAUGGGUCCAUUCUACGGAUGGACGGUCACAAAAGACUUGCUAGAAGGACGUCAAUGGCAAGAAAGUGGAACAUUCCCGAGAGUUACAUUCUGUGAUUUCGAAGUUCGAGAACUGGGUUAUGUGAAUAAUUGGUCACUUCAAUGUGUUUUGAUGGUGAACAUGUUCAAUGAGAAACUGUUUAUUGCUCUCUGGUGGUGGUAUGUUGUGUUAGCUGUUCUCUCAAUUUAUGACAUAUUUCGAUUUAUCUUCCGAUUCACAGUGCAUCAUCAGGUCUCCUUCAUUUCAAAUAUUCUUUCCUGUACCGGAGAUUCUGAUAUCAGUGACACAGAAGUUGGAGAAUUCAAUCGGAAAAUAUUGAGAAUCGAUGGAGUUAACUUGACACAUCUCGUCUACGCGAAUGCCACAAUUUUCGAAGCGGCAGAGUUUCUGAAACCUCUUUGGCACAGCUUUAAAGAGAAACAACAGUAG